UUCACGAACCAAUCAGGAUAGAGAACAACCAAUAUCUAGUGUGUUUUUCAAAUAAUCAAUUGUGAGGCACAAAUGUGGUAAGUCGUCCCGAAUCUGGAGACGGGAAAUAAAUUUUUUUCCCAAAGAAAGUUUUCCCACGGCUUUCGCAAAAAAGUUUAAUUUUUAGAGGGAACGCUUAAUGUGACUAAAUGCAGGAUAAGACUAAAAUUUUGCCCUUAGAAUUAUGGCGUGUAAUUUUGUCACAUCUGAGCAUUGUAGACCUUUGUCACUGUUGUCAAGUGUCGAGAGCUUGGGCAGAAUUGGUACGUAGUUUGGAUAACACCCGUUGGAAAGAGCUCUAUUUAUACAAUAAUCCUUGGAAACAUCCAAAUUGGCCAAACAGACUGAAAGAAGAACCUUUUUCAUGGCAGAAAGCGUACAAGGAGAGAUACCUGGCUUCGAAAAACUGGAUUAAAACGGACCCCCAAGCAAAAUGCGUCUUCGGUGUGUGGCAUUUUAUCAAGAAAAGAACGCAGAAGCAGUUCUAUGUCGGCGCAGACCGUCCAUUUCGGAGAUUAAGGAAUGCAAUAGCAGUAUCCUCGGCCUACGACUCAAUUUAUGUCGAGGAAGAUGUACGCGAGGAAACAUCGCCAUUACUCAUUCAGCAUCCGUUGGAGAUUAUCGGAAGGGGAAAGGAAGAGAAAAUUCGCCUAAAUGCUGUUGAAAUACAAUGUCCAACAGUGAGAUUAUCGAACGUCUUGAUUCGCCCAUCUUCAUACAGACCUCAGAAUCCACCGCCUUCUGUCUUGAAGGUUACAAGUGGAUGUUUGUAUUUAGAAAAUUCGAUUGUUGAACAUGGUUAUGUUCAAGUGGCAUCCUCAGCAAGCGUGAAUAUAACAUAUUGCUCAUUUAACAACUCAUCUAUUCAGAUACGAACUACAUCCAUGUGCAAGAUAGAGCAUUGCGAAUUUCAAAAUGGUGACCAUUCAGCCAUCUUGAUUGAAGGCACACAGUCUUUGGGAAAGUUUUAUUCCAUGGGAUUGAAUUUUGCCGACUGGAUUGCCACCUAUUCUGAAAAGAAACUAAAUGUCAAAGAACUAUACAAUCAUAUUGUACGAAAAAAUCUUGAAAGAACUUCUAAAGCUCCUAAAGAUGUUGAAGAGACAACUGAUAUUCAUCUGCUUGUGAAUGAUUUAAAAGAGAAACUCAGUCUUUCUGGUUACAAGAAGUAUGUUAUACCUCAUGAAAUGAGUGUAUCUUUAGGCAAGCGAAGCAAACUAACGUUGAAAACGGAUACUCUGGCAGCACUUAGGAACUCAGCAGGAUGCAUUAUUCGCGAAUGUAGAUUCCACUCCAAACGUGGUGCAAUUCAUGUGCGACGACAGGCUGCAUGGAUAGAGUCAUGUAAAAUUGCAAAUGUUGUUUAUGGUAUCCGCUGCAUGACUAGUUCUAGGGUGACACUCCUAGCAAACUCAAUACAUGACUGUAGCACUUCUGGAGUGUUCUUUCGUGAUUGUUCAGGUGGCUUAGUUGCUGGGAACUUGAUUUAUCAAAAUGCCGAAGCUGGUCUUGACAUACGCAAUCGGUCUGAUCCAUUGAUUACACAUAAUCAAAUCUUUAAUGGUAAAAGGUCCGGAGUUGUGGUCCUGGAUGGUGGUCGUGGGCUAAUAGUGGAUAACGAUAUUUAUGAUAAUUGUGAAGCAGGUGUUUAUAUACUCUAUCGUGGAAAUCCAAUAGUAAGGUGUAAUCGUAUAUGGGCAGGUCAGGCCGCUGGGAUAGCAGUGACAGAAGAGGGGUUUGGGCACGUGUAUUUCAACGAUAUUUGUGGAAUGGAGUGGGGUGGUGUUGAUAUACGUAAUGGUGGACAUCCUGUUAUAAUGAACAAUACCAUUCACAGUGGUCAUGGUGAUGGUGUGGUCAUUGGUGAACGUGGUUGUGGUCUUAUUUUUGAAAAUGUCAUCCGCAAAAAUCGUGGCUGUGGAGUGUGGGUUCUGUCGACGUCUCGUCCAGUUAUAUUUGGAAACGACAUAAGUGAAUGCUCUGACCAUGGCGUCGCUUUCGUUUGUACGGCUGAUGAUCGUCGUGAGAAUCAAACUCUGAGUGCACAUUUUGAAUCACAAGAUCAAGAACAGGAGGCGGCGAUACAUCCAGUCCACAUUUACGAUGAUGAACCGUCAUCUGCAUCAUUCUUUGAAGAAUCCGAUUCAUUGUCAGUUGAAUUUCUACUUCCACGUCAGGAAAAGAACAGCGCGAUUGUUGACAACAACAAAAUCAGGGACAACCAAGGCUGUGGUGUAUCUUUUGCGGGGACUGGAAGAAUCAUUAUUCGGGGAAAUACCUUGCAAGGUAACCAUGGCAAUGGCAUCAGCAUCGAGAGGCCUGUUGAAUCUUCUAUUCAUAGCAACCGCGUUGUUGACAACGGAGGCACUGGUAUUUUGCUAGAGCUUAGCACUUUAUCAUUCUUGUACGAUAACUGUAUAAGUGGUAACCUUGGAAACGGCGUGGUUGUUCAAGGUUCUGGGAACAUGACUGAAAAUGACGUAUGUGGAAAUGGAAAAUCAGGAAUAGUCAUCCUUGGCCCCGGCGAUCCUUUUGUUGCCAAGAAUUGUAUUAUGUCGGAAUCGGGGAUUGCCGUUGAUGUACGAUCUGAUGCCCGAGGAUGGGUGUGCGAAAACGAGGUGUAUAGUAAAAGUGGAAAAAGUGUACAGCAAGAUGAAAGUAGCUUAACUGACAUAGAACGCAAUGAAAUAUUAUCGAACAUGGAUAAACAUGAAAAAAUAAAGCGACCGUUUUUAACAGGUAAUGCGAUCCCUAGGAAGGACAUUACGCAUAUCAUCAAUAAAUUAUUGAUGUCAAAUUCACGAAAAUCUCAACGAAAAGUAAUGAGCAAGUUUUGUUCCAUAUUAUAAAUAACGAGUUUAGUGUCUUAAAAAUGACCGAACGAAAACUUUUACAAUGCACAGGCACAUGGUGUAAGAAUUUGGGCCUAGUGUCACAUCAUCAGACGGAAAUGGAAUUUAUAAUUACUUUAUGACGAAUGUAAUUUGUUAUUACAUUAUUAAUAUGUGAGUGCACAUUUA